AGAGCCGUCUGCACACGCUCACGCCGUCUGCUCAGCAGCAACGCGGCUCGGUUCGCUUCUUCAUCAUGGCUGCCUCCAAGCCAGUCGAGCCCCAGUCCGGGACGGGACUCCCCCGCUGGCAGCUGGCCCUGCUCGUCGGGACCCCCAUCGUGCUGGGGGUGGGCGCCGUGUACCUGUGGAACCGCAGCAGGACGCAGGAGAGGAAGCCCGGGGAGCGGAAGACCCCUGAAGGCAGCGCCGGCCCCGCGGCGGGCCAGGACGGCUCUGCCGGGGCCCCCGAGCAGGAGGACAUGAGCCCUUUGGAUCGAGCCCAAGGAGCCAAGAACAAGGGUAACAAAUACUUCAAGGCCGGCAAGUAUGAUCACGCCAUCCAGUGCUACACAGACGCCAUCGCUCUCUGCCCCAUGGACCAGAAGACAGAUUUGUCCACGUUUUACCAGAACCGAGCGGCAGCGUUCGAACAGCAGAUGAAAUGGACAGAAGUGAUACAAGACUGCUCCCAGGCGGUGGAAAUGAACCCCCGUUAUAUCAAGGCUCUGUUCAGGCGGGCAAAAGCUCUUGAAAAACUUGAUAAUAAGAAGGAGUGCCUAGAAGAUGUGACAGCUGUGUGUAUUCUUGAGGCCUUCCAGAACCAGCAGAGCAUGUUGCUUGCAGACAAAGUGCUGAAGCAGCUGGGGAAAGAGAAGGCCAAAGACAAAUACAAGAAUCGUGAGCCGAUGAUGCCAUCUCCUCAGUUCAUCAAGUCCUACUUCAGCUCGUUCACUGACGACAUCAUCUCCCAGGCCCUGCAGAAGGGCGAAAAAAAAGAUGAAGACAAGGACAAGGAGGGUGAAGCAGCUGAGGUCUCCGAGAGCUCCGGAUACCUGAAGGCAAAGCAGUACAUGGAGGAGGAGAACUAUGACAAAAUCAUCAGUGAAUGCACCAAGGAGAUCGAGUCAGAAGGUCGUUACACUGCAGAAGCGCUGCUGCUGCGAGCCACGUUCUACCUGCUGAUCGGUAACGCCACAGCCGCUCAACCUGAUCUGGACAGAGUCAUCAAUAUGCAGGACGCCAAUGUCAAGCUCCGAGCCAAUGCUUUGAUCAAGCGUGGGAGCAUGUACAUGCAGCAGCAGCAGCCGCAGCUCUCCACACAAGAUUUCAACAUGGCGGCCGACAUCGACUCGCGUAACCCUGACGUCUAUCACCACCGGGGUCAGUUGAAGAUCCUGCUGGAUCAGGUGGACGAGGCGGUGGGAGACUUUGACGAGUGCAUCCUGCUCAGGCCCGACUCUGCUCUGGCACAAGCACAGAAGUGCUUCGCACUUUACAGACAAGCAUAUACUGGAAACAACCUGUCACAAGUACAGACAGCCAUGGACGGCUUUGAAAACGUUAUCAGGAAGUUUCCAAAAUGUGCAGAAGGCUACGCUCUUUAUGCUCAGGCUUUGACUGACCAGCAACAGUUUGGAAAAGCUGACGAGAUGUACGACAAAUGUAUUGAACUGGAACCAGACAAUGCUACAACAUAUGUUCACAAAGGUUUGUUGCAGCUUCAGUGGAAACAAGAUCUCGACUUGGGUCUAGACCUCAUCAGUAAAGCAAUUGAGAUCGACAACAAAUGUGAUUUUGCCUAUGAAACUAUGGGAACCAUCGAAGUUCAAAGGGGCAAUCUGGACAAGGCAAUAGACAUGUUCAACAAAGCAAUUAACUUAGCCAAGUCAGAAAUGGAGAUGGCCCAUUUGUACUCGUUAUGUGACGCAGCGUAUGCCCAGACAGAAGUGGCUCGGAAGUACGGGCUGAAACCGCCCACAUUGUAACUUCUCUGCCAAUUCAUUGGUUUGUUAUCAUGGAAAUGAAGAAUUUCUAUUCACAAUCAAGCUGUGGCUCCAGUCCUGGUCUUUGGUUGGGAUCCUCUUGACCAACACCAUUCCUCCGCUGACGCUCCAAGAAUUCACGUGAUAAUGAUCAAAUGUUUUUAAUAUUCACAAAAAAGACAGAAGCUGAGGGAAAAACAUACACGACUGGCCCAGUGUAUUUCUUUUGACAUUAAUAACGAUUUGAAACUUGUGCACGUUGAACGAAUUGCCGAUUUAACAUCUUUAAGUGACACUUAAAUCUGCUGAAAAUAAUGUGAGAGCUUCAUGUAGUUCUACUGGACUGUUCAUUCUUUAAUCCAUGUUUGAUCUCUAUCAUCUAAGGUGUUUUUCCCUCCAGCUUCAUAUUGUGACAUUGGAUUUGAAUGCAAGAUGAAAAUUAUACUCUUCCUUGUGUGUGUUUGCUCUGCUGGAGCUGCUGGAUACUGGCCCCACUAAGAGGUCUGCUCAGAACUUUUUUUUUUAAUGAUGGGUUUGCCUGUUUUUUCUUUUUUAUAAAUAUAAAUUGUUCAGCAUGUUCACUUUAUAAAUGUAAAUGCAAUGCUUGUGCUGUCUUGAACACUAGCAAAACCUUAAUGGAGCAACACUUAUUUGAUUAGAGAAACGUAGCCAUCAGUUUUUUUUUUUUUUUACAUUUUGAAUUGCCUCUAGUGUCAGGAGAUGUAAUAGGGAAUUUGACAUUGUUUUGUUUUACUAGCUCACAAGUGUAUUUUUCAUUGCAUACAUUUGAUUUCUUUUUUUUUUUUUUCUCAUUCAAAAAGAAUCGUCACAACCCUGGCCUUAUUGUUACCAGUCGACAUGCAGCCCCCGAGACUCUUGGUUGUAUGAUUUGGUUUUCAACUAGUGUCUGAACAUGCUUUUCUAGUAAAAAGCAAUUACCAUUACUGCUGAACAACCAAAGAGUUUUCAAUUUUUAGAAAAUGUGAAGUUGAAGUUAUCCUCUUGUGUGAUAUUCUCUCUCGCUGUCUCAGCAGUAAUGGUUACAUUUUUACAGGAUGGGUGGUUAUACCAAAGAACCAAAUUAUACAUUCCUGCUGCUGCUGGUGAGGAUGACUGCUCAACUACUGUUUCUCAAGCUCUACAAAAAAAAUAAUUCAAAAUUAAACUGUUGCUGUUUGAUAGGAACAUUGUUCAUCAUGGUGUGGAUGGUGACAAAAAUGGAAGAUGGUAUAAAUCUUAAUAAAGUUAUAAUUCUUGGAAUGAA